CAAGUGCAAUUUACAAAUUAAACAGCUAGAAAUUUGUGAAAAUAAUUUUUUUUUAUAAAAGAGCUUAAAAAAGCGCAAAAAUGGUUGGCAAAAUCAUCGCUUUGCGCGACAUGGACAAUUUCAGUCGUCGCAGCAGCGUUUAUGUGGAUCCAGAAUGUGAUAAAUUUUUCGAAAUGCCGCUUUUUAUUGCGGCCAGCACCACAGAUAUGACAACGAAAUGCUAUUGUUGGCAAUACAGCCCAGGCAAAGAACCAGCCUUGCGUUCGUUCACCGAAAUACAACAAUUACUCCAGCAAGGCAAGAAACGUGAGGUGAAGAGUAUUCUGCGUGAGAAUUCAUGGCCUAUCAAUUCGCCCAUACGUGCGCAGCUAUGGCCCACGCUGUGCGCUCAACAUCAGACGAAACAGAAUAUGUUGGAUGGUUUCUAUUGGGAUAUGGUGCAUCAGGUCUUUGGCACAACGGAGCUCUCUGAAAAACCGAUCAUGCUACCCGCCUUCGUCGAUCCCGCUCACUGUUUAACCUAUCACCUUACACGCACCGGGCGCGCCGUAGCCGAUCGUAUUGUGAAUGUAUUAGGCUACGAUUGCCCCGAUAUUACGUACAGUCCAGUAUUGUAUCCGAUUACAUCGAUUCUUUUGCAUUUCAUGUCGGAGGAGGAAGCGUAUCAUUGUUUGGCGGCGCUUGUCGGUAGCAAGGAAAAAGUAUUUAUAAAACAAACCAAAUUACAGCAUGAAGUCACCUGGAAAACGGUGAUGCAAAUUGCCAAAAAGCACAGCAAAAGUGCCGUGACCUAUUUUCAACGCAUCUGCCCUGGCGUUAAACUGGAACGCGUCUUCAUGGAUUGGUGCUGGUGGAUAUUAGCUGGCCUACCAUUUCAACAUUUAGUACGCAUUAUGGAUUGCUAUUUCCAUGAGGGAAUUAAGGUGCUGUAUCGUGUCGCGCUCGUGAUAAUCAAUCUCUUCCACAAAGAGUGUCAAUCCAACAACGAAUGGAGUCCAGAUAAUAUUAAAAAUGACAUUGGUAAUGCGUUGAUUAAAUUCUGCAAGAAGAUACCAGUGUCACCAUCGAAAUUAUUGCAUGCCGCAUUUAGUAUUAGGGGAUUGAGUUCCACAUAUAUCUCUAGAAUAUUUAUGAAGACUGAAAUGAUACUAAAGAGCCGUUCCGUAUUGAAUAGCGGAUCGAAGCAAUUAGUUAAGUCGCGAUCCAGUGAUAAUUUGCCAUCGAGUCAAUCACAAGUCAAUAUACAAAUGAUGUCGCACACAUUGACCAUACGUGAGCGAUUGUACACCGAGACCUGUCGCAAUUUGCUCUUCACACUCUGGUCAUGGCUGCCCGUCAGGAUAACAAUGUAUCAGCCGGUACUGCUCUACACCACAGAGGAACAUGGCUGCUCGCUGACCACCUUCUAUGUGCGCGUGGAACAGCAUGAGCCGACGUUAAUGAUGAUUAAAACGUGCAAUAAUGAGGUCUUUGGCGCCUACUGCUCAUCGCGUUGGUUCGAACGUAAUGUCAAAGAUGACAAAGGCCAACGACAGGCCUACUUUGGCACCGGCGAAACCUUCCUCUUUUCACUCUAUCCGGAACGCGCCAAAUACCCGUGGGUAGGCAUUGAAAAUGAAAAGGAUUUGGGGCAUGCGUCAGAACUAUUUAUGGCAGCCGAUUCGAAAAUGAUAACCAUUGGUGGCGGUGAGGGCCAAGCCAUUUGGAUGGAUGAGAAUAUACGUUUCGGCAAAACGGAUAGCUGCAAAACGUUCAACAAUCCGCCGCUAUGUCCUUCCGGUGAUUUUGAAAUACGUGUACUUGAAGUAUAUGGCUUUGAUGGCGUUUAAGUGACUACAAUGAGAGUUCGGCAUGAGACUCUUUGAAUGUUUAGCUGGAAAAUAAACUGAAGCAAAAAACAAAAACACAAACAAACACAAAAUCCCCGCGCAUAAUCUGCUAUGUACGAUUCAAAGCAAACAAAAUUAAAGUGAAAGCUUAUAGAAAAAAAAUAUUUCAUUCAAAAAUUGCCCGCCGAGAAAGUCUUCUUUUGAAUGAUAAUCAAACGUGCUGAGGAGGAUAGGAGGGGGAGUGUGGAUGAUGUUCAAGGCGCAGUAUUUUUCGUAUAUAUUAUUACAUAUACCUACAUACAUAUAUGCAUUGAAAUGUAAUUUUCGUGGCUAAAUUGCCAACGCGCUAUUUGAUGAAUGUUAGAAGCAAAAAAGAAAAGGAAAUAAUAACACAGUAAUAUAUAUUAUCUAUAUAGUUAUAAUAAUAUUUAUACUUACAAUACAUGUUGUUGUAAAAAAUGCAGUAGCAUAAAACGAAGAAAAUACUCUGUGAAUGGUAAAAAAAUCAAAAUCAAAAAACAAAAGAGAAAAGAAAAAAAUGCAAAAUCUGAAAUUAUGUCUAGUAAAUAUAAAAAAUGAAAUGAAGUUGAAAUAAAAGCACAUGGCGUUGACAAACAAUACAUAGUUGCAUGCCUACAUAUACAUAUGUGCAUAAAUAUUGCAUUGGAAGAUGACAGUUCAAAACAGCCUUGCUCUCAGUGCAGCAGGAUUGGGAUUGGACAAGCAAACAUGAGUUGA